AUGGAUAGACAAGAAUUUUUUCAAUCAUAUAUGGAUCAUUGGGGCAUAACUGAUGUAUUAUUAGAUUGUUAUGUUGAUUUAUUAACAACGGAAAUGAUGAAUGAAAAUACGGAUAAAAUCAAACGAAUGAAUUUAUUUAAACAAUUACUUUCCGAACAUCAUAUUAAAUGUAAAGAACAACAAAUAUUUGAAGAUGAAAUUCAACAAUUAAAACAAGAACUUGAUCGUAUAACAAAAUAA